AUGAACCAACAACGAGGGUACUUUCAACACGUUGACACCUACGACGAAUAUCCGGCAGAAGAAGUUGCUGAACCGACGGCUCCAAAACCGACGGGAACCCUCACCAAACAGUUCCAGCCGAAAAAGCUGAAAGACGCAAAUAAGCUUUGGAACAAAGAUUCCGAGGUUUUAAUUGUUAUAGUUCGACUUUUAGAUUCAUUUUUAGACCAACAGCCAGGUUUCUUACUCAACUUACAAUGGAAAUAACAAAGCGGCCACUCUAGGGAAUACAAGUUUGGGGAAUACAACUCCAAAAAGAAAUCGUGAGCUUCUUAUAAUCGGAAGUUAGUUUAUUUUGAAGUUCCCAGGAUCCGGUGAGCCUCAUACAGGAACGCUUCGUCCUCCGAAAGCUAGCCCAUUUGUCUAUGGUACGUGAAGCUUUUCAAUGUAUUCUGAGAAAAACAAAAUAAUCGGAGAAGCUAAAAAAUAGUUUUUAGACCCGCCAACAACUCAGUCAACUCCAAAAAUGCCACGAGCACAACGUUCGGAAAGUGCGGCUGGUAAUAAUAACACGAUGAGUCGCGAGCAGAAGCUCACAUGGGGAAGAGGUGAGAAUAUUAAUAUUCCAUUUUCAAGUUCUACAUUCUCGAUUUUCUGCUGGCAAUGUACAUUAUGUAAAGUUUUUUUGACUUGAGAGGCGGCAAAGAUGAUGCGUUACGUACGCGUCGCGAAAAAAUCGAGGUUAUGGAAUAAUAUAGAAAAAAAAAAAUGAGAUUAUUAUUAUUUUUCAUGGUUUUUUCAUUGAACUGAAUUUUUUCGAAUCCCUGAAUAGUUAAAAACUAUUGAAAUAAUAUCGAAAAAGGUGGCUCGUGUUUGAAUUUGAGUUUCCCGCCAAAAGCCGCAUCGCGAACGCGAUGCUUCAUCCUUGCCAAUCAGCCCAUCUCGUCUUUCAAGUCGGGAAAGAUUGACUAUAACCAGCAAUCUCGAUUUUCUUACGACGUUUAAAAAUUUAAAAUCUCAGAUUAUUUUCAGGAGAUGUUUUCAAAAUUUGAAAUUUUCAGUUCCUCCAAACCCUGCGCAUUUCCGGUCGGCCUCUGCCAUGGGAACUUCGACACUGACGAGGCCUCUGAACCGUCCCAACGAAUUCACUCCGAUGGGUCAAUGUGAGGCUCAAACCUAGAAAAAUACGUCGAAAAAUUGUCCAGUUGGCGGCUCUCGUUACCAGUCUUAUUGCACUUUGCCGAGGCCCGAGCAAAUGGAUCCGGAGACUUUGAGCCAGAUUCAGAUGCAGCUGCAGAUGCAUCCUCCUCACGGACCAGUUCAUCAUCCUUUCUACGAUCCUACGAAGGUUUGAAUUGGGAUUUUUGUAUGCGAGGAAAAAAGAGAAGAUGGUGGGCUCGAUCCAAACCUGCAUUUUUCGAGUGUUUACAUGCAAAAAUCAAGGAAAGCUUUUGGCAAAAAGUCUUCUUUAUUACAAAUUCAAUUCAUUAUUAAUUAAUCACUCCUGUUCGCAAAGCUUGAGAAUAAUGAUUUUGUUUUAAUUCGUUACAAAAAUGAGAGUAAUUCUGUUAGUUCAUAAAUCUUCCUAACACUUUGUCGAAAUCCUUUCUCAGAUGGGCAUAAAAUGGUGAAUUUCAAAAUUUUGAGCUGUUCUUUCACUCCAUCAUCAAAACUUCCUCAUUUUUCAAAUAAAAAAAAUUGGCAAAAAAAAAUUCCACCAAGAAGGGAUCGAACCUGCAUCAUAGGUUUCACAGCGCCAGGCCUCUAGCCACAACACCACGCCACCUGCUGGCAGCUAGAGUUAGCCACCGCAACACAUUCACUCCUCCUUUCUAAUGCAUUUUUUGCGUGCAAACUUUGAGGCGCCCUAACUCGACUAGAACCAAAAAGGCGCACUUUUUUCAACUGCUUUGGAUUCAGGGUGUUCGGAAGUACCUAUAUACCAAGUUUCAUUAAAUUCCAAUUCCUCGACAUUUCGCACUUCCGUAAGCACUACUAAUCAAUCAAAGAAAGCUGCUAUCUUUCAUCACUAACACAUAUAUGAUUGUCAAUCGUCGGCAGGAUAAAACAAACUUUUUUUUUCAAAGAUUUACCCGAUCGUUCGUCUUCAGAUGGUGCCGCCUCAAAUGGUGACACCGCAGAUGCGGCCGCCGUCGGCGCUGAGCGGCGGACCUCCGAUGGCCGUGGCGCCGCUGGCGUCGAACCUGGCCGCCUACGUGCCUCCGCAUUCCCAGAAGCCGAUCCCGUCGCCACGAGAAAUCGCCCACAUGGCCAUCGGACCCAGCGUCGUCAACUGGAACCUCAUGAGUCUCGUCUCCUGCAUGCAGGUACGGUUAUAACAGGAAUAUAUUUUGACAAAACUGUUUCUUCUUCAGUGUUAUAUAUUAGAGUUCUAGAAUAAAGAAUCAGAAUAAAAUGAUGUUUUCUAAGUUUUGUUUAUAUCAGAAUGGAGAGUGAUAACAUCUGCUGCUGUCUUCAGACUGACCAAUGGCUAUUGUAAAGGUCGUGGUUUUCAACAUUUUUUUUUUCUUAAGGUUCUUUGCUGCGUCGGAAUAUUCGGCGUCGGCGUGGCGCGUAUGCUUUACGGCUCUCUGUGGGCGAUCGGCGUGGAGAUCGUCUUCGCGACUUGCGCCGUGGUCCCAGCUCUUGUGGGAAUCUACGCAGUCAAGCGGGGCAGCUACGCAGCCGCAGUCUACUGCUACAUUGCCAACGUCGUCGCCGGCAUCUUCGCGACCGUUCCAUUACUUCUUGGUGUGAAAAAGACCAAUGAUUCUCGAACAAUUUAUAUUUUAGGACUUUUCCCUGUGUUCACUUGGAUCUUCCCAAAAGUUGAUUCUCGAUGGCUUGUUAGCUCCGUGGAGCCGCUGAAUUUGGACUUCGCGCUGAGCUUGUUAGUUUUGCUCGAGGUUAGUGAGAAGAAACGUCUUCGAAAGAGAGUAUAUGUUCAGAUUUUUCUCUCGUUCGUCGUUUGCGUUUCCGGGUGCUCGUCCCUCGGAAAACUUUUCAUCUCUGUCGACAAUCUGAAGCUGCACAACAACGUGAAGGCGGCAUUCGAAGACAAUAAUCCGAUUCCUUACAAGUCAUAAAAAUCCUUUUUACCUCAACUUUUACAAAAACGACCUUAUGAAUAAAUUUAUUGCCGAAUGAAAUCUUUCUCAUAAAGAGGUUUCAAACUUUUUUUUUAAUUUGGCUCGGAUCAUAAACAGUGUACUUACUUUUUUGAAGAGCACAUUUCAAUUUUAUUGGCGUACAGUUCUCGAGUACACAAUUCGAAAAAGGGAAACAAAAGUGUUGACACUUGUCAGACAGUCUCCCAAAAGAAGUGCGAUGCAGCCAGCGGCAGCGAAACCCAUACCGACAAAAGUGUGAACGACUUCCAAAGAGCCUCGAGCAGUCUCGCACUUCAGAAGCUGCGAUGGGAACUCGGCUCAUGACCCCGCCUUAUUGCUUCUAUAAAAGGACCUGUCGAGCAGAAGUCUUACCAGUUGUCCCUAGCUGUUGCCAUCGCCAUGUUCCGUCGUUCUCGCCAAUCCGUCCUCGUGAGCCAGCUCAGAGAGGAGUUGAUCUUCGCCGAGCUCCAGGAGCAACUCGACGCUGCUGAGCGCAAACGGGAGCUGGAACGAGAAUGGGUAGACCGUCUCUGGAACGUUUACUCGGCCAGCCACGACGUUCUUGCCGAGUUCCGACGCCUCGUUUUCCAGGUUUUUUUUUUUGCUUGACCUUUUUUUAAUUCAUUUGGUCCUCAAUUUUGAUCUACCUCCCUCUCACUUUUUGUCUUGUUUUCUUGGUAAUUCCUUUUUUGCCUGUAUGAUCUUAACUUCUGCUUUCCGGUCGAAAACAGUACCAUAACCGCUAGUUUCUCAUAGUUUUUUAUUUCCAAUUCGACUAAUUUUGUUGAAAAUAAAAUUAUUUGAUGGAGCUGAAACUACAUAUCCCAUAUCACAUAUAGCACAGGUAGCAUAUAUCUUUCCGCUUUAUCUACCGAAAUAUUAAUAAAAAUUAUUUUCAGUUCGCCCAGCGUGUCGUCGCCUAUCCGGAUAUUCCCGUUACACCUGAAACCUUAAAAUAUUUGAAGGUAGAAAUUUCUUUGUUUAUCGAUUUAAAUCUCAUUUGAAUGUUCUUCAGGGAUUGACGGAAGCUGUUCGAGAAAAGCUGAGCUUCAGCAUCGAGCUUCUCAACCACGAGAAGUCAGAGUUGAGCGAGCUCUACUCGCAGUACAGCAGAACCUUCAUCCUCGACGCCCAGAAGACGUUCCACCUGAUCGCCAUCGAGAACAAUCCAAUUUCAAAGGAUCUCGACACCUUUUUGGACCAUUGCGUGAGUCAGAAUUUUGGUGAUACGAAAAGAGCGAGUUUUCCUUUUCCAAUGGGAACGGUAUGUGAAAUUCCGCGUUUGGCGUGUGCCCUUGGUGUGUUUGCACUUUCUGGGUGGUUUAUUUCCGAGUUUUUUUUUUCAAUUUUACCGUAAAUUUCUGAUUACUUUUUUCUCAAAUCAGAAUGGAUAUUCGGGGAAUUUCAAUUGUUUUCUGUAUUAGUAUGUCAUUUCGAUAAAUUUAAAAUAAAAAUGAAAUAAACGCGAAAAUGGACCACGCAGAAAGCUCGAACAGACGACGUGCACACGUAUGAUGCGGACUUUUACAUACCGUACCAAUCGGAAAAGAAAAAAUCGUCCUUGUUGUGGCUCCAGCAAUUUUACUACUUUUACUUCAAAAUGAUUUGUUUCAGAAUGUUGGGAAAAUCGACGCGAAAUCGAUGGAAAGCCUGAAGGAAAGCGUCGCCGAUCUGUACGCCGCCGUUGCGAUCGCUCCUUCCUGGGAAAAACUCCACAAAGCGGUCCGACUCUGA